GAUUACGAAGAAAUAUAUACGUAUUUGUUUGAAACAAUGUUUGUUUAAUAAUUCAAAGUGGACUUUAUUAUUUCUAUUUAUUUACAAGCUGACUUAAAAUUUAUUAUCAUGAGAGAAGAAAUCUAUUUAAUUGGUCAAAUGAAUCAAGAUUUUGUCGGAAGAAAGCUUCCAUUACUCAAAGAGGUUAUGUCGAUCUUCUUUUACCACCAUAAAACCUGUAAUUUAACAAUUAAACAAAGUUCAGCAAGUACGACAAAACAACUGAUAGAACUUUGGCGAAAAACAGGUAUUCCACUACGUCAAGAAUCUUCUAUAAUUUUGUCAAUAAUUCGAUCUCAUAACAGAUGGAUACUUUUAUCAAAGAGUAAACGUCAGAAAAAAUCUCCAACACAAAAGAAGAAAGAGUCAAUUUUUUGUAAUGAUUUACAAAAAUUGUUUGAUAUUUCCCAUGCUAAUGUUCUCAAUGAAAUUGAUGCUACAAAAAAACAUUUUUCGGAAAGCCAAAGAAAACCAUCUCGACGUGGUUUUAUAAACGAUUUUGGGCCUAUUACUGAAGAUAUGGAAAUUUGUUGUUUAGAUCAGAGUGAAACAAAUGCAAAUAGAGAUGAAAAUGAGGCACUUAUGAAUACUGAGACCCUUCUUCUCAGCCAAAAAUCAAAAUCUACCGUUUCUACCGUUAGUCAAAUUUCUAACAAUAUCUCUGAUUUUGAAGACGAAUUAAAAAAGAAAUCAAAACGAAAAGCACCUCUAAUGAAUAUCAUGACACCGGAACUUGCAGCUGCCCUUGAUCGUGGAAAAGUUAGCAGCAGAAAUGCCGUAUAUAUUUUAGCUGCUACUCUCAAAAGUACUGGCAUUGAUAUGAAAGGCUGUAAAUUGAGUCAUUCGACAAUUCAUCGAGCUCGCAAAAAAUUUCGAAGUGAUAUGGCUGCUAAAUUGAAAGAUGGACUCAAAAACCAGGAUAAUUUUGUGCUACAUUGGGACGGGAAAAUAUUACCUGAUAUAGUUGGUACGGAAAAAGUUGAUAGACUGCCAAUUAUUAUAUCGUCAUCAGGCAGUGAACAACUGUUAGGUGUACCCAAAAUGAAAUCUGGAACUGCUAAAAAUCAGGCUGAUGCUAUUGUGAAAAUUCUAUUCGAUUGGGGUAUUUCUCGUAAAAUAGUAGGACUGUCUUUCGACACGGCGGCUGUUAAUACAGGAAUUCACGGUGGAACUUGUAAACUGAUUGAAGACGAGUUGGAAAAAAAAUUGGUAUAUCUACCAUGCAGACAUCAUAUUUUUGAAAUAGUAUUAAAAAGUGUUUGA